AUGUGUUUUAAUUUUUUAAUUUUUGUUUUAUACAGUUACUCAACGACGAACAACGCUAAUAAUACUCCACGGACACAGCGUGAACAUUUCCAUACAACAACCACAACAUUAAAGAGCAGCAACAAAGAACUACCAAAUCAACAACAAAAAAAUUCCAUGGAUUAUAGGAACGUUCCCAAUUCACUUUUACCACCUGCUUCCAGUAAUGGUGCCUUCACACGGCGUCAUACGGCCGCAGGACCUCAUGAAUUCUCUACUCCGCAGCAACCAAUUACUCAACAUAUUCCUGCUUACGGUGUGGAACAUUUGGCUUCAUUUGCAGUCGGAAAACUUUUUGGAUUGAUUACUCCUACGGAUGGUAUUCGAAAGUUGAAGCAAAUGGAAAGAAACAGCGCAAUUUGGUAG